UCAUAAUGCUUAAAAGCCGAUAGCCUCUCCGCAGAUUUGUCAGUCGUUUGCGAAAUCUUGCCAAGAAACAUGAAAGCUAUAGUCGCUCUUAUCGGAAUCGUGCUGUUCGCCAUUGCUGGAGCGAUGGGUACACCUGUUGUUGUUGGACUGCCUCUUCCGCUGCCAAUUGGCGUGGGAUUCGGAAUACCACAGCCUCCACCUCCGUCGUACGGAUACUAUUCGUAUCCACAUCACCAUCACCAUCAUCAUAAUCAUGGAUAUGGCUAUGACUACGGUUAUGGAAACUAUGGAUAUGGAAACUAUGGAUAUUGAGGAACCACUGACUGGAAUUUAAAAUUUUAUGGAAUUUUAUUUAUUUAUUAAACUAUUUAUACAAAUAAAUCACAAUUAACAACAUGAAG